UUUGAGUGAGUGACUUAACGAAGAGUCUUCAAUAUGAUUUUUAUAGUGCUAUUCGGAUAAAAAGUCUCCUUGCCCAGGUUACUGAAGUGACAUCUUUUUACCAAAUUUAACGUACUCCUAAGUCCAAAGAUCAAAUAGUAUUCCAUGCUGUUGCCGAUGGUCGACAUAUUGAUUUCAUAUUCCACACAAGAAGUCACGAAAGAUCUAGAGAAGAAUAGGGAAAGCAUGAUUCAGUGAGUUUUACCCACAACCUGUUGUCCUGUUGACUGAACGCGAGUGUCGAAGGGGAACAACUCUUAAGAUGAAAGUGUUGAGAUUUGUGCUGAUUUUCAUCAGCUUGUUUUUUGUCAGUGAAGGAAAACAAGUCACCAAAACCAAAACGAAUGACGAUGUAUAUCAUAAUUAUUUUGGAGGUGCGGCUAAUUCCAAACAGUUUUCCGGUGCCCUGAAAACCAUCGAAGAGAAAUUGAAUGUCAUCAUGGAAAAAAUGGGAGCUUCGUUAAACAAAACUGUGCCCAAAAACUGUGCUGAAGUUCUUAGAAGAGGUGGCAAGAAAAGUGGUGUUUACACAGUCGAUCCAGGUGACGGCAAAGGACCGUUCAAGGUUUACUGUGACCAGAACACGAGUGGAGGUGGAUGGACAGUCUUCCAAAAGAGACAAGACGGUUCAGUCGACUUCUAUCGAGGUUGGGCUGACUACAAGAACGGUUUUGGUGACCUGAAAGGCGAGUUCUGGUUGGGACUGGAUAAAAUCAACCGGUUGACCCAUCAGACUCGUAACCGUCUUCGUGUUGACCUACAAGACAUCAAGGGGAAGAGUGCGUAUGCUGAGUACGACUACUUUGCUGUGAGCAGUGAAAGAAGCAAGUACCAACUGAGUCUUGGAACUUAUUCAGGCRCUGCUGGUGACGCACUCUCCGAACAUCGUGGUAUGGCCUUCACCACCAAAGAUCGUGACAAUGAUGUCACGAGUGGAAACUGUGCAGUGGACUACAAAGGUGCCUGGUGGUACAAAAGCUGUCACCACUCUAACCUGAACGGCCUGUAUCACCACGGGAAAAAUUCAGCUGCUGGAGUUGCCUGGAGUGGCUUCAAUGGCUACACUGCUAAGAGAGCCGAGAUGAAGAUACGACCGGUAUAAAAUACUUGUUGUCGUACCACUCUAAAUAUCACCGAAACGUUAAGAAUCAAGCUCUUUAGUAUAAGAAUAAUAUACUGUUAAUUAUGAAGAAUGUAAAAGAUAAAAUUCUAUUAGCAUCACAUUGAAGAAAGAAUAUUUCUGUAAAAAGUGUGUGCGGUAGAAGGCGUGACAGUCACGCAUUGUUUGUCGACGAAAAUCUUGUAGAAUUAAAAAAGUAAAAUAAAAUACUGCAACAUAGAAAA